AUGCGGGGAGCCGCGCAGCGGCUGACGCUCCAGGAGCUUCGACGCUUGCAGCAGAAGGCCACUACGGAGGCUGUGGGAAGCACCAAUGUGAACGUCGACAGCGAAGGCGCAGAAAGAGGAGUUGGCACCGAAGAACCCCAACAGAAGGGGAAUGGGCCAUCUGGAAAGACGCUUGACACUUUUAAGAAGGGCAGAGCCGCUACCAAAGUGAAGAACCGCAGCAACAACAAAGCGCCUAGAGAAUUCGGAUGUCGCAGGCGCGUGAGAACGCACGGAGCGCUCGUGCUUCCGGACGGGGAAGCUGCAGCAGGGCCUUUGUUGCUGGCAGCAGCGCCAGUAGCUUCAGCAGCGACAAGGAGUCCGACUGCAACAACGCCUGAGGUAGAGGCGUAUCGGAAAGCGGUAGCAGCUCAUCAGCUGAGGAAGCUGCGGGGGGGUCUUGAGCAGCGCAGUGCUGGCGCGAAAAGCCGAGAUCCGCGAUUCUCGAGUCUGUGUGGGGAUCUUAAUGUUUCUUCGUGUUCGAAGGCGUAUGCUUUUGUAGAGGAGCAGCAACAGCAGCUGAUGAGGCAGCUGCAACGCGUAGUCAGGACGGGCAGGGUGCCAGAGGGUACUGAUGGCGAAAGCAGCAAAGGGCGAAAAGCCAGUGCUGCCGAGAGGGAGCAGGCAGCAAAGCAGCUGCAGAAAUUAGAGUCGCAACAGCAGCAGCGCGAGAGACGCGCAGCAACUGCGGCUCUGAAGGCCACACUGAGCCGUUCCGAGAGGGAGAGGAUCGCUGCUACUGGCAAGACGCCUCACUAUGUGAGCAGACGCAAGUUGCGGGAGCUGCUGAGGGAGCAGCAGAUGCAGUCGAGGUCUUCUAAAAAGCAAACGCAGCACGAAGUUAAGGCAUGCAAAAAAACGCUUGCCAAAGAGCGCAAAAGGAAUUUCAUCCCUCAGCGGAGGGCUAAGUUCACAGAAAACGGGCAGUAA